AUGAAAACCGCUGUGAUACCCGCCCGACCCGGAGGCCCCUUCGUGCUCCGGUCGACUGAUUUCAUCUCCCCCGUCGUGGAUGACCCGUACAUGAUGGGAAGAAUUGCCUGUGCCAAUGUCCUGAGUUACCUGUACUCCAUGGGAGUGACCCAGUGCGACCACAUGAUGAUGCUGCUAGGCCUCAGCGACAGGAUGACACGGGAGGAGUCUGACAGAGUGGUGCCACUGAUCGUUCAGGGAUUCCAGGACACGUCCAAGGAGGCGGGCACGUCUGUCACAGGACCAGAAAACCUGCUGAAGCCCUGGGUGGUGGUCGGAGGAGUCGCCACCACGGUCUGCCUGCCCAGCGAAUACAUCAUGCUGGACAACGCAGUCGCAGGAGACGUGCUGGUGUUGACCAAGCCCCUUGGAACCGAAGUGGCCGUUGCAGUUCAUCAGUGGUUAGAUAUCACACUAAUUAUUCUGAUUGAAAUCACUCAGCCUGAGAAGUGGAACAAAGUGAAGCAGGUGGUGACUCGGGAAGAUGUAGAACUGUCCUAUCACGGAGCGGUGAUGAGCAUGGCUGAGCUCAACAGGACAGCGGCGAGUCUCAUGCACCCCUUCGAAGCCCACGCAGCCAUCCCGGUCUCCGGGUCGGGGAUCCUGGAGUGCGCUCAGACGCUGGCACAACAACAACGAGGUGAAGUGUCGUUUGUCAUCUACAACUUCCCAGUGCUCGCCAAGAUGGCUGCUGUGUCCGCGGCCUGUGGGAACAUGUUCGGUCUCAUGCAGGGCACCAGCCCGGAAACAUCAGGAGGCCUGUUGAUCUGCAUGCCGAGGAAGAUGGCCGCUUGCUUCCUUGCCGAGUUCAAAUCCCCGAGGGACGGAGUGGGCCACAGAGCGUGGAUCAUCGGGACGGUGCAGAGAGGAAACCGCACCGCUCGGCUCGUUGGGAAACCUCGGAUCAUAGAGGUGUCACCAGAAUGA